AUGAGACAGAGCCGAGGGGUGUCCUCAGGAGAGCAGGAGACUCCACUGAACCGUGGUAACCUCAUAACCAGGAGACAGAGGAGACAGAGAGGGCUGAGAGACAAGAGACAGAAGAGACAGAGGAGACAGAGAGACAAGAGACAGAAGAGACAGAGGAGACAGAGAGGGCUGAGAGACAAGAGACAGAGAGGGCUGAGAGACAAGAGACAGAGGAGGCUGAGAGACAAGAGACAGAUGAGACAGAGGAGGCUGAGAGACAAGAGACAAGAGACAGAGGAGGCUGAGAGACAAGAGAUAGAGAGGGCUGAGAGACAAGAGACAGAGGAGACAGAGGAGGCUGAGAGACAAGAGACAAGAGACAGAGAGGGCUGAGAGACAUGAGACAGAGGAGACAGAGAGGGCUGAGAGACAAGAGACAGAGGAGGCUGAGAGACAAGAGACAAGAGACAGAGAGGGCUGAGAGACAAGAGACAAGAGACAGAGGAGGCUGAGAGACAAGAGACAGAGAGGGCUGAGAGACAAGAGACAGAGGAGACAGAGGAGGCUGAGAGACAAGAGACAAGAGACAGAGAGGGCUGAGAGACAAGAGACAGAGGAGACAGAGAGGGCUGAGAGACAAGAGACAGAGAGGGCUGAGAGACAAGAGACAGAGGAGGCUGAGAGACAUGAGACAGAGAGGGCUGAGAGACAUGAGACAGAGGAGGCUGAGAGGGCUGAGAGACAAGAGACAGAGGAGGCUGAGAGACAAGAGACAGAGGAGGCUGAGAGACAUGAGACAGAGGAGGCUGAGAGGGCUGAGAGACAAGAGACAGAGAGGGCUGAGAGACAUGAGACAGAGGAGGCUGAGAGACAUGAGACAGAGGAGACAGAGAGACAUGAGACAGAGGAGGCUGAGAGACAAGAGACAGAGGAGGCUGAGAGACAAGAGACAAUGAAAGGCUGCGAGCCUCUGAGAGACCUGAAGGUGGGGGUCCUGUGGUCUGCCCUCAGACCUGCCCGCUGAGGUCUUGGACUCUCAUGGUCUCUGUUUUUGUCUCUGUUUUGAAAACCGCAGACUGCUCCUUUAAUUCUCUCAUUAACUGUCAUAGUGUCGUCUAGUUCACUUGUCUGUCAGAGUGUGGGAAUCUACAGCUCUGAUCCACUCAGCGAGGACGCUCACGGUCCUCAGGUCGUAUCCCAGCAUGCUCUCUGGUUUCUCCGGAUUACCGUCUAAUCCCUGAUAUUCAUCAGCCAUGGGGUCAAAGGUCAUUUUAUUACUAAUGCGGUGUGAUCUGGAUGGCGCUGCUCUGAGCUCAGACUUAAAUCAACACCAGCAUGAUGACUGUGAUCAUUUCCUCCUCUAAUCCCUGACCUUUGACCUCAGGAUGUCAUUUUCACACCUGACUGUGAGCUGACAGGUGUGUGCGGGGCGUAAAACACCGAUAAAUGGGUGUUUUCAGUGAACGCAUCACAGACUGACUUUAAACAGCGUCACAUCAGUCAGUGAACGCACCACCGUUAAAACCCGUCUCUGGGCUGCAGGGGGAUUGUGCUCGGCUCUGUCCAGGGUUCGAGUCCCUCUGCUGCAUGUUCCUCCUGACACGCUGCACCAUGUGGGUCAGUGAGUGAAUGCAGCAGUGUUCACCAGUAGGGGAGAGCGGGGUAAGAUGAUCCAUGUUUCCGGGUCAGUCCAUCCUAGUUCUGUCUCUAACUCGAGUCUCUGCAGAUAUUUCAGGAAGUUCUUCAUCAGAAUGAGAGUAAACAGAACUGUCAUCUUCAGAGGAGAGCAGGACAACAACAGGGUCUCCUGUGGUCAACUUACCCCGGGUAUGGGGGGGGGGUAAGUUGAAAGAUUCAGUAUUUUUUUAUCAGGACUGAUCUUGAUGAAGAGAUCAGAGAAAAAAAAGUAAAAAAAUAUCCUUGUGAUUUUUUUUACAGCAGCUAAAGUUAGAGGACAAAAACAGCCGGAAGAGAAGUGACUGAGAACAUCCACAGAUCUGUAUUCAUGAAACAGUUUCAACAGUCUGAAGGUAAACUCUGAUCCUCUCCUCAGACUCCUUUACUGUCUCUGUUCUCAUAGAUGGAGCUCAUAGAGACCACAAUAGAUGAAUAAACAGAUUUAAAAUGAUCUUUACUUCUAAUCAAACUGAUGACUAAAGACUAAACUCACUUUACAGACUGAAGAAAAAUGUUUUUUAUUAAAUAAAUGUCUAACCUCUUCUUCACCCAUGAGCUUCUAACCUUCACAGACUCCAUGAAUUGAUGACCAUCUCCUAAAUAUUUGGUCACAUGAUCAAUUUCUUUAACCAUUUACAAGAAACAGAGGUUGGCUCAACCGACCCCAGUCUCCCCUACCCCAGUGUGUGUACGUCAGUGUGUAGACAUGUCUCUGAUCAAAUGACUGAGGAGCUCCAUGUAGGAAAAUGAGUGUGAACUGAUCUCUGUGGAAGAGGACGUCCUGAUCUACAUCUGUGUGAUAAAGAAGGUCCGAGCAGGUGGUGGUCAUGUGAUCAUGAAAUCAUCAACAUUUGAGAAGCAAAGACUUCAUGCAAAAUACUGACAGGCUGACCCUAAACACUAUUAGUCAAAUCACACACACACACACACACACACACACACACACCUGCAUCUGUUCAGCACAGACGCAAAUCAGUGAUGACAUAAUGCUGUGUGUGUGUGUGUGUGUGUGUGUGUGUGUAUGUGUGUGUGUUUUAAUAAUCCUCUCUAUAUUUGGACAAACUCCGUCGAUCAUGUUUUCAUUCCUUUUAGUACAGCAGCUCCAUCUACACUGUAAAAAACACACUUUUCAGUCACUGAACUUUAUUUAAAGGGAUAUUCUGUCUUAAAACUAAUUUAGGGUCAAACCCACCAUAACACCGAGUUAGACCCCCCCUCCAGAGAUGAAUGUUGUCGACCGCUUCCUUCUCUAGUUAUACCAACUUUAGUAACGACCGCAGGAUAGUAAUACAGGGAGCCACGCCCUCAACCAAAACGCCACUCUAUAGCCACAAAUAAUGCUCAGAACAGCACCUAACUUCAUCAACAGGACAUAUAGGGUCACAGACAUAGUACUAGACACCAAACAUCUUUUUAACUUUGACUCAUUUCUUUAACAAAGAGACUAAACACAACUCACCUACUCUCUUCCAGUCCAUUACAGACUACAGCGGGGUGCCGCAGCUCAAGGAAGAACAUUUAUGAUCAUUUUCAAUAAUCAUAAAUGUUCUUCCUUGAGCUGUGUCACCCCGCUGUAGUCUGUAAUGGACUGGCCUGAGUUCUCCCUACAAACAAGUGUCUGCUGGCAGAGAGUAGGUGAGUUGGGUCUAACUUGGUGUUACGUGUGUUUGACCCUAACUUAAUUUUACUCUGGAAUAUCCCUUUAAUAUCAGCUCUCAGAUUUUAUUCUCGUUAACGUUUCUCUCUCUCUGUGUUUUAAUCUUGGAGGAUUUCUGUUUCGCUGCUUCGAUGUGAUUUUUUACAGUGUAGAAAAGUGAAGAGCUGUAAAUGGGAGGGAGGAGGGUGUAAAGAGGAGGAGGAGGAGGAGGAGGGUCCUGCUGUCAGACACAGAGGAGGAGACAGCGGCGGAGCUCCUCCGUUCAGUCCUCAUCUUCUCUCCUCUUCGGUCCGUCGAGCUGAAACCUCCAACAUCUCCUCAAAGUCCGGAGCUUCUCCCCGGGAUGCUGCAAACUUCAGAGCGGAUCUGUGA